AUGUCGUCGUUCAUUGAGAAGUUGGACUCUUUACUGCCCUAUAUCCACCGUUGGCCAUCGAGCUACAAGGGUGCUAACAAGCGCGCACUUUCGCCAUCAAAGUCUCCCGAAGCUCCUCAGCAGAAAGGCGGGACGUCCAAUAACAAUAAUACCCCUGAUAACCAAGAAGAGGAACCCCCUUUCCAGAGUCCUAGUUCUCACCGAAUACAUCCUUUCCACAACAGGCCGCUGUCUCAACCCAAGAACGAGGCGAACACGAAAAACGAGGGGAACUCCAACAAAGAAGGAGCUCUCAAGACUGCGACGAACUCCAAGUACAAGGGACGACAUAUACGCUGGAAGGAGCUUGAGCCUCCAGCUAAGACCAAGAACAACACAACACAGAUUGCCGGCCCCGAGCGGCGUCUCACUGGGUGUCAGCGGCACUUACUAGAACUGCGUCGAUUGGAGAGGAACGGCAAGAAUGUUUCACAGCCGUGGAAGCGACUGAGUCCAGACCCUGAAGGAUUCUACAAACUCGAAAAUAGCAAAUGGUUCAAUGACAACUGGGAGUGGGAUCCCGACAAUCUUAUUUAUCGUCCAAAGGCAAAUCCCCAGUCCGAGAACCAAGAGAAUAGCAAAGAGUCUACCCAAGGGCGAGCUAGGCCUUCUCAACAACGACCACCUCAACGAAAGACUCAAGCAUCGCAGCAAAAGGAACAGCAAGUUAUCAAGGAAGCUAAGAAGACCAAGCCGGCUGUCCCAGAGGAGCUACACCCCGAGCUCGAUCUAUCGUUCUUCGAUCGGCUGCCAGAUACUCUGCCAAAGCAAGAUUACAAGACAGAGGAGGAGGAGAAGAAUAACGACAAUGACAACAACGAUGACGCCGAAUGGGGUACGAUUCGGUGUUCUGUCCCUCUCUUGAUCCCAGCAAACACCCCUAACUCUACAUCCAAGUUGAAGUUCGAAAAGUUACGUAAGGAGCACUACUCACCAGCCCGAAAUUCAUCAUCGGAGACAAGACAUAGCAGGGAUAUGUAUUGUGCCUUGCAGAGCGAGUCGUCACCAGAGCCUGAGACCCAAUCGAAAGGCAAGGGAAAGGAGAAAGCCAUGGUCCAGGAUAAGAGUGAAGACCAAUCGAAACACAAUGGCAAGGGGAAGGAGAGGGCUAUGGCUCAAAGCGAAACCAAAGCCGACGAGGACACGGGAAAGGGGAAGGAAUGGGCGACUGUCAUUGAGCUCGCCCCUCCACUCCACGUCACCUCGAACGACAAGGGAAAGGGAAAGGAACGGAAGACCGUAAUUCAACUCACCCCUAAACCUCAACCUCAUCAACAAUCACAACAACAACAAACCCCAGGCCAACCGCAGGAUCGGGUUAAGGGAAAGCAGCGCAAUACAUUCAUCAACGCUGACUCCCCACCGAGGGGUCGCCCAAUCCACCGCAUACCCGCCAUCCGUGACGACAAAGAACGGCGACAUGUUCCGCAACCUCAAUCACGCCCUCGAGUUCUCCAACCCGCAGCCUUUCACCCCUUAGCCCGUCAUGCCGUAGCUGCGCCAGCAGGAGCCCAACGCCCCCGCCCUGGCCUAAACCUGCAACAAUUCCGCCAACAACGUCACGCGGAAGCUCAACUAGCAAGGGAGCAGUACAUAGCCCAUUUGCUUCAAGCUCAAGCCCAAGCUCAAGCACCGCCACAACCACAAUUUCAACCGAGAGUAUCACCAUCUCAACAACAACAGCAAGUACUCCAACAACAUCCGACGAUAAAUGACCGUAACAGCAGCAGCCUACCCCCUGACGUCGAACCCCUGAAUAGAGCCCUUCACAGACAAGGCGCCCGCUCGCGCUAUGAGAAAAAGAAGCUAAGAGAUUUGGUGGAGAACGCCCAGAGGACGCGAUUGACGGUUUAUCUGAAGAAACUGUCGCCCAAAGAGGAGGAGGAAGCGGAGAGGGAGAGGCGGAGGGAGGCGGAUCCGGAGGAGGCGAGGAAGUUGGAGGAGCGGAUUGGGAUUAAAAGGUUGGUAGGGAUUGGAGCGAAUAGAGUUGAGCAUUCUCAAACUCGUGGUCGGCGGUGGACUUGCGCUAUGAUUCAGGUGCAAGACGAACUUGGUGAUGCGGCCCAUGACGUUGGGCCCGCAACCGCGGCAGCCGUCGAUGUCCCACUUAUCGCCACACAGGAAGAGGCGGAUACAGAUGUAAUGGCAUCCAAUGAGGGCGUUGAGCGCUUCAGGAGAGUCGCAGAGCUCGAAAUCACCGAAAGCAAUUUAGACGGGCUGUUCAAAACUAACAAGUUAGUGUGUUCUAAAGCAGCAGCGGGUGCGACUUACGCUCUCGUCGAUGGGCUGACGACCACUAGCCUCUAUCGAAUCUACGAGGGAGGGGCUUGCAUCCUUGAGGACGCCACUGGCCAUCUGAUCUCGGGGAUCUUGCAAACGAUGAUGAAAUCCAGAAGUUUGUUCCAAUUAUGGUACCACCUCACGUUUUCGUCUUCAGAGAACUUCUCGAAAAUAUCGGGCAAGUGGUGA